GUUGUUUUUCUGUUGCGAAUGUUGCACGGGAGGAAGGUUAAUACGCAUGGAUAAAAUUGCACUUCUACGAUAGCUUUCUAAUUGUUGACUGGUUAGCCAUCGGAACACUAAGAGCGAGAAAUUAAGUUCUCUAGCUACAUUGCUACUUGCAGAAGCAGCUUCAAAUGGCUUUGGCAAGAUUUGUUGCAGCUGGAAUAGGAGGAAAGCCCAAUAUUCUAUUGGCAUCCUUUUCGACUCUUGGUAAAUCUCAAGUAUGUUCACCGCAUGUACGGAGGUUUGCUUUGUCUUCUUCCCGAAACGCUAGCGCUGGAAACCAUGUUACUCUGUGGAACGCUGAAAGAGUUUUAUCAGCUGGCCUCCUUGGCGUGAUUCCCUUUGGAAUUAUGUUUCCCUCCUUUACUGGAGACACACUGAUAGCAGUCAGUGUUGUUAUGCAUCAGCAUUGGGGUCUGGAAGCAAUUGUAACAGAUUACGUGCGGCCUAUUCUUUUUGGCACAACUGUCCCGAAAUUGGCCCAUGGUUUACUACUACUCGUCUCUGCGGCCACAUUGGGAGGUCUGUUCUACUUUAAUUACAACGAUGUCGGAAUAGCUGGCUGCGUAACACGAAUUUGGGCAGCCAAAUCCAAAGAAUGAAAAUGAUAAUGUAUUGAAAUAUAACGACAAUAGAUCAUGAAAUCAUAGAAUGUAUUUAUUACACAAAUGAAGUAUAACGAAAUUCAAAUUUGAGGAUAAUUAGUUGUGUAAUCAAUACCACACCUUUCCCGGAUUGCUUGAUAUAGGAAAUAAUAAACAGUUGCACCUCAUACCAAU